CAUCAAUCAGAUCUCCGACAAAGGAAAAGGUGGACAGAACCACAUGGGAAAUAAGAACAGAACAUCCAAGUUGCCUGUUAAGGUAACGAAUACUACAGCGGGCACCAAAGAUGCUACUUUGCACCCUAUUGCAACGUCCGGGAGCUCGAUCACCGCUGGCAAAAUUAAUUCCUCGAUGAAGAAACAUGAUGGUAAUAAUGAUACUAUGAAGUCUUCAAGUGAAUCGCACAACGCGACGAAAAAUACAUCGAUCACCGCGAAGCAGUCCAGCAAUUCCACAUUUAAUAGCGUACGGCCUGUCAGUACCUGUGUAAGUAGUACCGCGCACGAGAACUCAGUGAAAAAUCCAAAAGAUUAUACCACGCCGAAGAAAUUUUCCAAUGAAACGGAUUCAGGUAUCAAGAAUUAUCCAAUUCAAUCGGAUUACAAGAAACCAAUGUCUGUAAACAAUCCGGAUUAUAAGAGCACCGGCAUUACUGGAUCGAUGACCGCCAAUCUGCCGUUAAGAUUGGCGACGCAGCAGUCGUCGGCCACGACGCCAGUUAUGCACAGAGAGACCUACACGCCAUCUAACACGUACGGUCCGCAGUCUGGUUCCUGUCAAAGAAACGACAACAGCGCAUUUGUAGCUGCUCGCAAGGCUUUGGAACAUCAGCAAGGCUCGAUGCCGAAAAUGGCACCGAUUAACUUUCCGCCACUGCGCGCCCCACAGAGCAUCGUUAACGUGCGGCAUCCGCUAUUGACGGAUGCGCGUAUGAAGGAUGCGCGUAUGAAGCAUGGUAACGAGAUCAGCGGAGGCGGCAUCGGUAUCGGUGGCACUGGUGGCGGCAUCAAGUCCAAGCUUAGUGUCAUGAGCUCGCUACAGAGCGGUGGCGUGAAGGAUCUGAGCGAUCACACUGGCCGUUCGCAGACCACCUUCCACGGAUAUGGCACCUCGCCGAUUGCCGCCGGCAUACCAAGCGUGCAGAAUUUGAGUAGCGCGGUGACGGCCAAUAUUUCGCCGUACGCAAGACCGGAACCCUUCCCGCAGCCGACGGUCGCGAACGUGCUAUUCUCCGAGACCGCCGCGCAGUUUCCGCCGUCACCGCCGUUCAACACCACGCAACUCGGUCAACUGAAUCAGUAUCAGACCUACGACCCGAACAGUUACCCCACUACGCCGGUCAACGUCAACCCGGUGAUACCGCAGUUCCCCGCAGAGAGUUCGAUCCCGUAUCCGCAGUAUGAGAAUCCGCCGCAGUUCGUGCAACCGAGUCACUAUCCGACCGCCGACAUAACUAAUAGUCAGUAUCAGUAUCAGGCGGCGGCCGCGGCGGCAGCGGCGAGCGUAGGUCAGAUACAGGACUCGUCCAUAUUCAUACAGAGUCUUCAGAGCACGAUCGCGGUGACCGAUCAAUACGCCACGCCGAAUUACGCCAGGACUGUCAGGACGGAGCUGAUAACACGGUUGAGGAGACCACCGCGAUUCAAUAAGUAAAAUCUUCAGAUCUUUUCACUUAAAAUUUUUCUUUUAAAUACUACACCGAAACUUGGGAACAAAUGGUCGCACUUUCUCAUAUUAUGAUUCGUAGGCGCUGGAUAGAGAUUUGUAAGAUAGGACUCGUCUCUGUUUAUAUAUCCAUUCUCUAACGUAGAAAUUAUUUGUUUAUCCGAGAGACGAGUUGAUGCGCCGAGUCGAUUAUUUAUCGUCGCGUCGAGCGUUUUGCAGGUAUUUUGUGAAGGUGUGCGCGAAGUUUGUCAGAUUAUCUUACUCGUACUAAUCGCAAGGGAUGUGGUAAAACUUAUUUCAAUUUAUGAUCCAGUUUGAAAUAAAUUUUAGCCAAUCCGAGAGACGCGAUCGGACGCGAUUGUCUGAGCGAGGAGACGAUACUUUGGCGAAUUUACGCAGACACGAUAUGCGGCCGACAUCCUCGUAGUUGGCGCGCACACGUAUGCGCAUCUAAAAGAAUGCAUUUUAACACGAGCGAGGAUGAGCGGGAUAAUUUUAGCUUGUUUCCGUCAUACGAGUGACACUGCAGGGCAUAGUGAGUUAAGCUCAAUUGUAAUUUUACAAUGUAAUGUAUUCUGUAGCGUGAAUCUUCAGGAUGGCAUCGAUAUACAGGAACACGCUAUUUAUGAAGUUGUAUCUAAAUCACGACCACUGUGCGCGAUCAAGACGGGGUGGCCCGCUCCGUUUUAAUUGAAUUAGUUUUUGUUUGUUUUUCUUUUUUCUUUUUUCGAGUCACGCGCGCGAAUGGCGCAAAAAGGGUAGAAGUAUCUGAGCGCGCGGAGAACGGAGCGCCGCUUCGACAGAGAGAAGAUAAAAAGAGAGAAUAGAGAAAAAAAUACUUGCUCACGGUGCACAUGAGGCGGGCAUUCUUUUCUCUCUUUUCAAUUAUUGUGUAAGUUCUAGUUUUAAUGAAUGAUAUUCUACAAGCUAUACUUUGCAUAGAAUUAGUGGAAGUUUUCCAAUAUUUACAUAAUACUUAGCAUACCGCUAUGUUUUUAAUGUGCUUCACUAUUUGUAUAUGGGGUGGUGGUGUAAUGAUGUCUGGGAUGAGUGCGCGUAAGAGAGAUUACAUGUGAGCAAGAGAGGGGAGGAUGAAGAAAUCGUAAACGAGGCAGAACCGUGUAGCGAUUUUUAUUAUCAAGUGUAGAGUGACGCGUAUCGUUCGAAUUUUGCUCCCAUUUACCGCGAAACAUUACAUCUCCACUAAGCGUAUGCACAGUGCAAAAAGAGAAAAAAAAAGACAAAAAAAGAAAAGUAGCUUUGCGCGGCGAUCCGAGUGUAGCUAAUAACGCGUGAUCGCGGAUAUAAGGAAAUAUAAUCUUUCAGUGGUGUAUGUUUUUUCCUUUAGUAUAGGUAGCUCAUAAACUCAUAAGCAUCACAUAUUAAUACGCGUGUAAGGAUUAAUCGUUAAGGAUUCCUCAUUACAAGUACGCAUGUCGAGUCUAAGGUAUAUAGGUCAAGUGUGUAACGAAUUUCGGAUUUGCCUACGUACCAAUUGACGUGUCACCGGAUGAGACUUUUUAUACUAAAUGAAAAAGAGUAACAUCGCGAAUCGUACAAUAGAAGAACACACACAUACACACGCGAAGCGCGUCUCGGCAGCGAGACGGCUCGAUCGAGAGAGAACUUCCGAUCCAGUCGUCAGCUGUUGCAUUUCACGGAUCGUGACAUAUCCCUUUGGUCCGUUGGAUAAAUUUAGAAACGCGGGGAUGCCGUCCCCGUGGAGACCGAUUUCGUCGCGUUUCUAGAUUCAUUUGCAAAUUUCAAUUUCUAAAUUCAUCCUAAUUCCGAUUUAGCAUAUUUCCUUAUGCGUCGUGUUGUUCUUCCUGAGGACGGAGAAGUAAAGAAUUUGUUGAUCGGAAUUAGUCAAUCGCGGCUAUAAAUUGAUCCUCGAGGAACAAUUUAUGACGAAUACAUUUGGUGUAGCACCAAUUAACGGCAUAAUCCUUAAUUUUUUUUUUUUACUUUCGAUAUCUUCAUUUUGUUUCCCUUGUAAAAUUCUACAUAUAUCUGCGUGUGCAUACGCCAUUUUGAGUUGCGAUGGUUCAGAAAUUUCACGGUAAAUCACCGUUGUAAUCUGUAAAUAGUAUAUUCUUUUGUACAUAGCGAGUGCUGUGUAAAAGUAGCACAUAGUAAGAUAGCGAGAGAGAAUGAGAGAGAGAGAAAGAGAGAGAUUUGUUAGUAUUAUAAGCGUUAGGGCCGAUAGUAACGUCAGUUAAUACCGAUUGUAUAUAUAUUUUCUUUUCUGAGACAAAACGCAAGAAGGAAACAUAUAAUUCUAUCGAAUCCGUACACUAAAUUUGAAAUUUAAAAUUUGAAGUUGAUCGACUUGAAAUUGAAUUCUUUCGUCGUUCGAGGCUCCUUCGAAUCAUCCAGGAGCGAUCGGUACUAAUUGACGUUGCCAGCACGAGAGAUCGAGCUUUAACUUUCCGGCGGGAAAACAGGCGAAAUCGUGUAUGCAUACCUCCCUUCGAAGAGCGGCGUCGCGAUUCUCAGCGCGGCGGCGCGUUUCUGUAAUGUUUUGACGCGCGUGUACCUGUGCGUAAAUGCAUCCAGAGUACAAAAGUUUGCGAGUACAGGAGGGAUGAUACGAAUCUGCACAAGUCAAGGGAUCAUAGAAACGCGUGAAUCGAGAGCGGCGUGGAGUCGAGGGUGAGAAAAAAAAAAGAAAAUCAAGGGGAGGACACCGGUCCGAGCGAGCCGUGAUUCAGUGAUUGUGAAAGAGAGUGCAUGUCUCAACAUAACGUAUAUCUUUGGAAAAUAGGCAUUACUUACAUGCAAAGUAUAGAAUGUGUAUGUGCGUAUAAACAUACAUUUGUUAGAGCGAGACGACGAACGUGAGGUUUCUCGUCUCCUUUACUUUCCGUGCGGAAGAGAUGAUGCGUGCCAUCGGCUGCUGAUCCCGAUUGCCUCGGAAUCGGAGCCGAGAUAUCCCGGUGAGAACGGGCGAUGUAUUUUGUCGUCAUUUCGGUUCCGAGGUGUUGCGAUUUAUCUCGAGAUUUCCGCGAGUUAAAACCAAUUCCGUUUCGAGAAACCGAACGACGCGACUUGAUUGUCCCCGACGUUGAAGCCUUCAGUCGAUUGUAUUUUUUUUCUUUUUUAAUGGAGUUUCUCUUUCGAUAGUUCCGAUGAUUUCCCGUAAUGUAAUAACUUGCAGUCGUUUGUUUAGAUUUCUCUAAGAUCUUGUUCGAUAAGAUAUCAAGGCAGAUUGCCUUUUCGAAAUUUACGAGCGACUUUCCGACGCGGGAAUUAAAACUGCGCGUUGAGAUGCAUGCGUUUUUUAUAGGGUAUAAUCAAUUUUCAUUGAAGUAAUUUAAAAAAAAAAUUCAUAUUUUUCACAAAACCUAAUAAGUUCUGCACGGAAUUAAAUCUUGACGCGCACAUUCCAAUUUUAUGCAACGUGAAUCGGUACGUUAUUAUAAAGAGAAACGAGUGCGAGUAACGUUGACAAUAUUUCAGUUCGUCGGAAUUCGCAACGAGUGAAUGAAAACGAUCGGAGUAGUGAACGUCUCCACUGAGCUUUCCUGAACGAUCUCGCGAAAUUGAACCGAAAUUUUUAACGAAUACACAAUCAGCAUGCUGUUAAAAAUUUAUUGUAUUAUUUCAGCGGUGCUGUUCUAUCCUCGCUUACGAAUUGCUGGGUGAUGCUCGCGAUAAUUUCAUUAUCGCCGAACUUAGCGCCUUUAACGAGUGUGAAUAUGGAAGAGGAGAGAAAAGCGAAUAAGUAAAAGGCCUAUCAUGUGUGUGGAUCGAGCCAAGAACUCUAUCUUCCAUUCGUUCCUUGUCUCAUUUCCAGGAAAUUAUCUCCUCAUCUUGAGUUCGAUUUAAAAAAUCCGUUUCAUCAGUUUCCAUUUUUCUUGAUAAUUUUUCUUUCUUAUCCAUUUAAAUUUAACACAUCUAUGUGUAUUAUGCUUCCCCUUUAUUCUAAAUAAAUUUUUGCUCUUCAUCUUUUGAAAAUACUUUAGCUGAUUAAUUGUUAAAAGCUAGGUACAAGAGAUCUUCAAAGAAUCACCUCGAAGAGUUUUAAUUUAUUUAAUAAAAUCGAAAGAAAUGAAAGAGAGGAAAAAGAUUAUCGAAUAAAGGAAGUGGAAAUAGACGAAACAGGUUUUCAGGAUUAUUUUAGAAAUAGAAGGAUGAGCUCCAUGGUCCAAUACGCAUUUCGUGGGUCGUGAAUAAAUUAUCAAUGUAGUAUUACCGCGUUGCAUUUUUGAGUAUUGCGUUAUCGCGAAACACUCAUGAUUUGCCUUCUACAGCUUCAUCUUUCAUCGCUGUACAUCUUUCUCACAAAGCUUUAAAUUAUUGCGAAUCUCGGUUUGAAGUCCACGAUAGAUAUCUUUUAUUGUCGCUUUUCUUUCCUCAUAUUCUUGGCCAUUAUGUAAGAGACGUGUUGGAUGAAGAAGAAACUGGGAGAGUAAAAUAGAUGAAUGUGGACCCACGAUGCGAGGAAGAGUCGUUGGUCGAAGGAUCGUGGAUCAUUUAGGGACGAGAGAAGGAAUCGAUGAGUCUUCGACUCGAUCCUCGACAGACUUUUCUUCUCGCUUCUCUUUUCUCGUUCGUAUCUGCCACGAUACGAGGAGCCUUCUGAACCGCUUUAGUUCAUCCGUACCUAUAUCUGAACGGAACGCACAAGCUCUGUAUGCGUUUUAAGCGAGGUAAAGAUAAUUGCUGAAAUAUAAAUUAUGAUUGAGUUUCGUUUUGAUUUUAUAUCAGAGGUCCAAUUACAUCUAUCAACUUUCAUGAUUAAGAUUUACAAGCGAUUCGAUAAAAAUUUAUGUUUGGUUAUUCUGCUUGAAAUAUAAGAGAAAUGUUACAUAUUUUUAUAUUUAACAAGUAACGUUUUCCAAUUUGUAUGAUAAAAAUUACAUUGAAUAGUUCUAUUUGAAGCAGUAUAUAAAAGAAUAUGGUAUAUUUUUCUAUUGUAUAUUUCAUAAAGGCAGCUCUCUUUUCCGUUCAUGUUUUUAAUCGUCAGUUCACGUAUUAAUCACUCCUGGAUUUUUUGUUGUUGUUUUGACGGAUGUACUUGAUUGCGGUUCCCUAGGUUCGCAUUAAUCUUUCAAUUCUACUACGAUUUCUUUUUGUCUCAUACAUAAGGAUUGGACGAAAUUUCAUUGUUAGUAGUAUUUAAAGAUUACAUGAGACAGUUGCGCGUGAUCGGUCCGGUCUCGCGGGGGAAAAAAAACUAAAUUUGCAGCAAAGUUUUGUUUCUUUUUGAGAGACCGGACAAUCUCGCCCGAUAAUUUAAGGCUUUAUAUAUAUAAAAAAAAUUGGAUGAAAGAAGAAAGUAGACAUGUGUAGAUAGAAAAUGAAAACGGUCUUUGACGUUAAUGCGGACGUGCAGCGUGAAUCGGUUUGCUUUCGGAUAGAUCUCAAACUAUUCUAUGCAAUUGUACAAACGAGCAGUCUACUCUCCGAGGAUUCUACACAUCGGAUUUAUAUAAUAUAAAAAAAAGAGGACACCAAAAAUAAAGGAUUAGCGAUGAAUCCUGUGCGACGCGAUAAGUCGCGUGAUGAAUCCGCCAAAUCUUUAUAUAUAUUUAUAAGCCAUUCGAUUUCUUUAUAUGGACUGAUCAUAUUAAUAGCAUAUUAAUAGUAUAAUCCUUGGUGACCUCUCGCUGCGCGCAUAAAAUUUCUUGGGUGACUCGCAAAUUACGCGAAUUAAAUUAAUCUAAUGAGUAGAGACGAGGAGUCACCGUGCAAAUAAUGCGGAAAAGAUAUAUUUGUUAAAAUUUGGACGCUGUCAUUGUAAAAAUGAAAUCAACGCCAUUAAUCAUGAUUGAAAGGCGAAAAUUUUCAUUAGCAGUUACAUAAUAGACUUUGUAAUGAUACCAUUUAAUAAUUAAUCGUAACAACUUGAAUCUAUUUUUUUUUCCUCUUUUUUUUAAAUAGGGAAACACGUUUUUCUCUACUCCAAAUAUCAUACAAAUUUGUAAGAAGUUAUUCAAGUUAAAAAAUUUCAUUUUUUUUAUAUACGACUUAUUUCCUUUUCUUUUGUUUUGCCUCAAUCGAGUUGUUUUACUUUCGUUGUUAUACCAAGUUAAAUUAUCCUUUUUUGCGAGAGCGAGCGGAGUUAUUAUGAUAACCGUCAUAAUAACGAGAUGCAAUUAGCACACAACACGGACAUGGCAUACAGAUAACGACUUGAAACCACGUAACAGAGCCCUAUCUGUGUAUAAACGCGUAGGGUAUCAAUAUCUUAUAAUCAGGCAAAAGGUUGUUCUAUGUAUGAUUGUGCGUGUAACAUUGUUAAUAAACAUACGAUGCUUAUGAA